AUGGGUUCCACGCAGUUCGGCAACUUCUUUAACUUCUGCCGAGAUUCCACACUGCCAGUCUGCAAUGUGCUUUCGAGUAGUCACAGCCAACAGGGGCCCUGGGGAGGUUGUGAGCUGACCGGCAUCCCUCUCGGCGAUGACCGCAAACUGGGCAAUCUGGGCUCCAUCUUACUUUGUUUCAUUGCUAUCCUCACAACCGGCUACCUCUACUUCAGAUCAGAGCGCAAGAAGGCUGCGGUGGGCCGAAGGGAAAUGCAACUGUUUCUCAUCGGGUUUGGCAUCAUUCAAUUAUGCGAAAUAUUUACUAUUGGAGAGUUUCCAUUAAAAGACACUGUUCGGAUUGCAUUUACUGGCAUUCACAUUGGCAUGAUUAUAGCGACGACUUGGAUACUAAUGCUGAACGCCGUCGUUGGCUACCAAAUUGUUGAUGACGGCACGCCGCUGUCCAUGGGGCUGAUUAUCGGCUCUGCCUUCAUCCUUUUCGGCGGAACGCUUUACAUCACGCUCGAUACCGGUUUUCAAUGGACCAACUUUUGGGAUUCGUCGUACCAGCCACCAAACCGACACAUUGCCCUCUACGUUUUGUAUCAGCUAGCGCCGCUUGUUUUCCUCGUUGCCUUUUUCGUGCUAGAAGCUAUCCUCGUCAUCCGAAUCCUCGGCGAAAUGCGACCUAUGAUCUACUUGGCUGCCGCCUUGGUUCUCUUCGCCAUUGGCCAGAUUUUCAACUAUGUCGUCAGCCCUCACAUUUGCAACGGAACCGCCGGUAAGAUCGAUGGCUCGUUGUUCCAAACACUGUUCACUCUUCUGGCUGUCGCGACGGUGUGGAUUUUCUGGUCAAGUAUUACCGAAGAUGACUGGCCGAUGCCUGUCGGAAACACAUAUCCCUAG